CAGUCAGUCACUCCCAUCCCAGCCAGCAGCAGCAGCAGCAGCAGCAGGAGCAGCAGCAGAGUCUGGCAGGACGGAGCCAUUCAUUCUUCCGCGAGCCGCGGACGAAACGUGGAGGAGGAUGAAGACAGCCUGACGACGAGAAAAGUCACGGCAUAUAACCAAGACCCGGUCGUCGAACCCGACACUUUUAAUUCAGAGAAAGAGGAGAAGAACUUUUGAGUCUUCGUGGGGAUCAGAGGGCGUUUCGUUCCUCACUGUUCCACGUUGUGCAGAACCAAGAGACGAGACUUACAUCAUCUGGCUUUAACUGAAGAGACUUGCCUGCUUUUAUGAUCAGAUUCCACACAAGAGGUGUGUCUGAAGUGACGCCAGCGGGCUGGCUGUGGCAAAACGACUUCAAUACAAUGUAGACACCAAACAGCAGUCAGCAGAAGAGUCUGAAGACCAAGCUGACAGAAGGAGGGUUGGCCCAGAGGAGGACGGAGCGACAGCUGUUCUGAAAAGACUCUGGCGGAAGAUAAGAAGAGUGAAACAACUCGCGAGGGGACAAGAGGGACGGUGCGGACUGUGAAUCAUUGAUGUGAACCUUUGUGUGUCCUUCCUGCAAAGGGUUUGCCUUGUUCCCACGUCUCCUCUGGAGAAGGAUCGUAACCUCAGCUUGGCGGUGUUUACGAGACAGGUAGCCCACGUACGUUUCUCGCAUCUCAGCACCCGUCGGUAACCCUGAGCGACCGUCAGCCAUGUGCCAUGUCAUUGUCACCUGCCGCUCCAUGCUGUGGACUCUGCUGAGCAUCGUGGCUGCCUUCAGCGAGCUCAUCGCCUUCAUGAGCACCGACUGGCUGGUGGGGUUCCCCCGCACGCACGACUCCGUCUACCCCCACCUCGCCACGGCGGCCGGCGAGGCCUACAGACCGACUCUGGGGAUCUACGGGCGCUGCAUCAAGCUGGCCCACAUGCAGCGGGGGAUACUGUGCGGACCGUACGCCGUUCACUUCGGGGAGAUUGCCAGCGGGUUCUGGCAGGCCACCUCCAUCUUUCUGGCCGCGGGGAUCCUGCUGCUGUGUGCCGUGGCGUUCAUCUCCAUCUUCACCAUGUGCUUCCAGAGCAUCAUGAAGAAGAGCAUCUUCAAUGUGUGCGGACUGUUGCAAGGGAUCGCAGGUCUGUUCCUGAUUCUGGGUCUGAUGUUGUACCCUGCUGGCUGGGGUUCCGACAAAGUUCAGCUGUACUGCGGCCAUGACGCCGCCCCGUACCGCGCCGGGCUCUGCUCCAUGGGCUGGGCCUUCUACACCGCCAUGGGGGGCACCGUUCUCACCUUCAUCUGCGCCGUCUUCUCGGCUCAGGCCGAGAUCGCCACGUCCAGCGACAAAGUCCAGGAGGAGAUCGAGGAGGGCAAGAGCCUGAUCUGCCUCCUGUGAGGGCUGGAGAAGCUGCGGCAUUGUUUACCACUAAAAACCGACUCUUAUUUCGUCUCUGUUUUGUGUCGAUGUGGGAGAAAUCUGCAAGUGCCAAGUUUUAUUUUUGUUUAGUUUUUUUUUGUGUGUCUUUGCCGUCUUUGUCCCUGUGACACCAGGAGGUGCUGUGUUUGUUAUUGUAUUCAUGUCGUGGCUCUGCUGUCGCCACAUGUUCUGUAAAUAAAUGUGAUUAUAUGUAUUUUGUACAUAGCUAUGAUUGCAGAAUGAUGCUCGGCUUGAUCUUGGCUGGCCCGAUGACAUCACUCUUGCCACUCUUAAAAAAUAAAUAUGUAAAGAAAUUGUAACCUGGUGAUUUUGUCACCAGAUCGUACGGCGACGUAUUAGGGCCAUUGUAGGUAGGAAAAAAGAGCAAAUCUCUGCAAAACACCCCAGAAAUGUUCUAGAAAAAAA